GCCUGAGGCAUCGUGCAUUUUAUGUCUGAGUUGGCCUCGAGAAAAUAGCACUCUUUGGCCAAUACAAUAAUUCAAGCAACAGGAGACCAGUCCGCACAAACCAUCAGCAAGGCGAGCGAAACACGUGAGACGACCGCAAGAGCGCUGACAUCGAAUAUAAAAGCUGUUUGAAAAGGUGCUAUGCUCUGGCAGCAUGUAUUGCCAUAUUCAAGAAGAUGUGCUGGACGGGAUAACAAUCAUAGCCGUAGCGCCAGCCUGAAACCUAUGGGUACCACCGCCUAAUUCCCACCGUUGUCCACCCAUGCUCCUCAUCCUUUCCGCGAGCAGAUCCACCAACGCGACCUACCGCAAUGCCACAACAGGUCUCGUGCACUACAAAGUGACGACCCCCAUCCGCGUGCAUCAACUCACCACCACCAUCCUCAGGCGCCUUGACGACACGGAGCUAGCUGCUGUGUCUCCCGGAGUGAGCCGAGAACUCGAGGGAGAGCCUGCGUGGGCUGAAGAUGGCGGGCGGCGAGCAGCUCCUUCGGACGAGCGAUUCGCGUUUCUGGCCAGCGUGUCCUUCAAACUCAUUGGAUGGCAGACUAUCAUCAACUUCAGAGGUCAGGAGUUCAAACCGGCCGGAUAUCUGCGUUCGAAGAAACGAGGGAUGCUUGACUGGGGGUACACGUUCACGGCCGCAGAUGGAAAGGACUAUCACUGGUCAGUAUCGCAAUGGUCCACCAAGUUGGCCGUCGACGAUGAGACGCGCGCCCCGGUCGCUGAAUAUCUCGUGAAAAGUCUUGGCGUCAUCUCCGAGAGAAAGGACGCGACGAUCGAGAUUUUCCCCGCGUUCGAGUAUAUGGCUGAUGAGAUCAUGUUGACGUUUAUCUGUGUCGAGAAGUAUAGAAGAUCACAGGUGGACAAACACGAGAGACUUUGAGCUUCUCGCCGCGUGUUAUCAAGCUAGUACAGCAGAUGACUAGAAUGUUGCAUGCAUCCGCAAGCCAACUUUGCAAGCAGCGAGAGGCAGAAACGAAGCGGAGUUGCAGUGGUUUUGAUCCAAUCAUCAGAAGCAGUUCGUUUUGAGUCACGCACACCUGAGCAAGCUCCACGUUAGCUGGCUUCAAAAUGCUUGCGAUCCUCUUCGAAUCAUCAGUCCACUCCCCGAAAAAUGGAGCGGUCACUGAAUCGCCCGCGACCCGUGCAGGCAGAGCGGAAGUCGCGCGGCUAUAUCUAUGUCUUACCCUCCAUGAGAGACAGCAUCCUACAACCCGAGCGACUCAUCUCUAGCGACAAACGCCAGGGACCCUUGCUAUCUGGAUCAACCUUGUUCUUCUAUGCUGCAUCAUCUUCAUCCCUGGUUCUCCUUUGUGUCGUCACCUGUGUUUCGGGGGAAUGCAGCCGCCAAAGGGGCACGUCUGGCUCUAGUUCAGACGUCGCUAUCGACAACGUUGUCCUAGCGGAGUCGCCACAUUCUCAAAUCUCUACCCCUCUUACGGGCUUUCUUGACUGCAGCCCCAAGUUUCUGAGGAGUGUAAUUAAGAAUCCAGUGGUUACAGUCGACACUGUGGUCGCCCCCGCUAUAUCGGGUGUCUCUCUCGUCCCUAGGUCCCCGAGUUCAAGUGCUGCCUUGGUAUCAGAGAUCGAAGCAAGCGUCGCCAAUCUCGUCCAUGUGGUGAAUCUCGUGCUCUCUUCCGCUGCGACUACCGACAUCUCUUCCCAACUUGACCCGCCCGUGAGGAACGUCAGCUCUGCUCUGAACGACAUGAUGACAACCACGUCGUCGCUCACCAGACAGCAAAUCGUCGCCAUCAACACUUCUCUGAACACGCUUCAACGCGCUCUGCGGCCAAAUAAGGAGACGUCUCCUGCAGCGCUCAUCCUCGUGUUAGCCUCCAUGAAGCCACUUUCUCCUGCAAUCAGCAAUGCUGUGCCCAUGUUGGGUCCCUCAGGGCCGGCCUUUUCUCUGGCUCAAGCGCUUGCUUGAGCUCGUGACGAACUGAGGAGCCAUAUCUCGUUUCGAUUGUACUAUCGUCCUCGGAUCUUAUGAAAUACAAAAUAUCUACGAUGGUCCAUACCACUCCAAUCAGUUCCCGAUGUGUAUGAGCUCUGCCAGGUUGGGACAUUGCCUCCUAGGAAAACUCCUUAGGCGUAAGUAUGAGAGAUCAUAUCCGUUAUUUCUUUAUUCCCUAAUCUCGAGAAGUUGCGCGACGAUGACAUCGGCAACAGUGUCUCUUCCGAUUCCAUCGUCCCAUUUCAUUAUCAUGUCCCCGACACGUGACCGUGUACUGUGCAUUGCCCCCGAGUCAAUGGCACCUCUCUCCGAUCAGGAUGUCACUUGCCGACAACCACAGCUAACAUUUGCGGCGCAGCAGUGCCGUCCCCAAUCGUCUUUUUUGUCCAAUGUCGCGAACGGAGCCUAUGAGCAAGAGGGCAGGUAUCAGCUUCGGCGCCCUCGAGGCCUCGAUUGCAGACCGCAUCUUCGACAUCCUGGCCCCCAAGAAACUCGCCCCGCACAAAAGGCUCGUCCCGCUGCUCCGCAUCAACAAGCACUGGCACACACUAGCCGCGCGGCGGAUGUACACGUCCAUCUCAGUCAAGGGGCAGUGGAUCUCGCGGCCCCUGCGCAAGACCCUCGAAGCGAACGGCGCCCUCGCAGCGCUCGUGACGGAGCUCGUGCUGGACACUGAGCUGAGCGCGCAGGACCCGCACGAGACGCGGGACCACAUCCGCAUCGUUGCGGCGUGCCCGAAUCUGCAGAGCCUGACGGUGCUCGGAUACGCGCCGAACGACGUCGACAGCUACCGUGCCGCGAUCGGUUCGCGUUUCUCACUUGAGGCGCUGAAUAUCAGCGAAGGGGCGGGCAUGUUCACGCCGUCGCAGCUGCUGGAUAUGCUCUCGUCCUGGCCAAAGCUAGAGAAGCUCGUUCUGAAGGACGCGCUGCUGCCAGCGUCUGAGUCCGGCAAUGCAUCGUCCAAGGCCAAGGCGAAGUCACCGUCCAGGAUCCCAUGUAAAACACUGAAGAUGGCCAAACUUCUGGAUGAUUUCAAUCCUGCCACUCAGUUUAGUUUCCCUGACUUCGCGACCCUGACGCCGUGUCUGGCCGUGCUCUGGGUCGAGCCCCACGGUGCGAUGCCUCUGGAUCUGAAGGAUGGACUCUCGCUCUGGGCGCCGACCCUUGAAACACUCUGCGCGCUGUCUGAAACCGAGCUGCAUCUCGAAACCGUUCUGCCACAGUUCACGCGGCUGAAGCACAUCGACACAUGGUCCCAGAUGCUCUCGCCUCGCUCCGUCCAGCACAUCCCGCCUACAGUGCAGAUGCUGACGUAUCGGAUCUUCCCUGCGCAGCUCCUCGAUCUCUCAGAGACGCUAUUUUCGUCCACAGUCGCUUCGUCACUCAAGGCUGUUACCAUCAAAGGCGCGAUCCCGCCCGGCAAGCAGACGCCUAUGCAGUUUACGCCGACCGCCAUCCAAUCCGUGAAGACCGUCUGCAGACAGCGGAGGAUACGAUUGACGAUAUAAAUGAUUCAAAGUGUACAAGUAUAAUCGUAAUGGAUGGCUCAGUUACAGAU